UUGGACGUCGGUGGUACCUUGGCGAAGCUGGUCUAUUUUGAACAAGAAACAGAUGCUCCUGUCGAAGGCCAUCGGGAGCGACACCGUGAGCUCGGUGGCGAAUUCCAUUUCAUACAAUUCGAAACCCGCCGAAUGCAAAACGCCAUGGACUUGAUACGGGCCAACGAUCUACACAAUCACAUUGUGGAAAUGGGUGCCACUGGAGGGGGUGCGCACAAGUUUGCAUCCGCUUGGCAGGAGGAGCUCGGCAUCACCAUGCACAAGGAAGAAGAGCUAGAAAGCCUGGUUGCCGGUAUGCAGUUUGUUCUGAGUACAGUAAUAGGCGAAUGCUACACAUAUAGACCUGAAGAACUCAAAGGUGACGGAUGGCGGUGGUCACGGAAAGUUCAACGAGACGCCAUCACAUACUCCUCAACUUAUCCAUACAUGCUGGUUACGAUUGGAACUGGUGUAAGUAUUCUACGUGUGGAUGGUCCACGCAAGCAUGAACGUGUUUCUGGUUCGACCAUUGGUGGUGGGACUUACUGGGGUCUGAUUCGGCUCCUUACGGAUAUUGACGAUUUUGAACAUGUAAUGCGACUAGCGGAACAAGGCGAUGCGACAAAAGUUGAUAUGAUGGUGGGGGAUAUUUACGGCAACAAGAGCGACGCUUUGGAGAAGCUGGGCCUGCCAUCAAAUUUGGUGGCGUCCUCGUUUGGAAAGCUUGUAGCCAAAGAUGAUCCAGCAAAUGGUUUGAAGGAAGAGGAUUUGGCAAGAGCUCUCUUACUCAUGGUCACCAACAAUAUCGGGCAAGUUGCUUACUUGAAUGCAAAGCUGCAUAAUACACCACGCAUCUACUUUGUAGGAAAUUUUUUGCGACAAAAUAAUAUUUCACAAAGGCGUUUGGCGUACGCGAUAGACUUUUGGAGUAAAGGUGAGAUGGAGGCUCUCUUUUUGGAGCAUGAGGGCUACUUCGGUGCGCUGGGAGCCUUC